AUGAAUGUUUAUGAUGAUGUUAUUGAUCCUACAGUUGUUUCACACUCUGUUUGUGGACAUUUUACUACUACAGACUACUUGGAGUUAAUUGUGAUACGGACGGAUGUUCUUUCCAUAUAUAAGCCUAUAAGGUCGGGACGGUUGUACCUUAUGGAAGAGCAUAAGCUUAGUGGUAGGAUAAACGACGUGGCCCUGAUACCGAAACAUUCUAAUGGUAGCAACGGUAAUGGCAUCAAUUUAAGCUACUUAUUGUUAAGUACAGGUGUGGCGAAAUUGUCAUUGUUAAUGUACAAUAAUAUGACCAGUUCAAUUGAGACAAUAAGUUUGCAUUUUUAUGAAGACAAAUUCGAAAGUGCUACUAUGCUUGAUUUGGCUCGUAAUUCUCAGUUACGGAUAGAACCAAACGGAAACUAUGCGAUGCUUUUCAAUAAUGAUGUACUUGCUAUAUUGCCUUUCUAUACUGGCAUAAAUGAGGAUGAAGAUGAAGACUACAUAAAUAAUGAUAAAUCCAAAAUUAAUGACAAUUCUAAGAAAAGCUUGUUUAAAAGAAAAAAAGGUAAAACCCAAAAUAAUAAAGUAACACAUCCAUCGAUCAUAAUAAACUGCUCUGAACUAGGACCACAGAUCAAGAACAUCAAAGAUAUUCAAUUUUUAUGUGGAUUUACUAAAUCUACAAUCGGUGUCCUAUAUCAACCACAACUUGCAUGGUGUGGUAAUUCCCAAUUAGUCCCAUUACCUACAAAUUAUGCCAUUAUAAGUUUGGAUAUGAAAUUUUCAAUAGACGCAACAACAUUCGAUAAGGCUAUCAUAUCAGAAAUUUCCCAGCUUCCAUCUGAUUGGCAUACUAUUGCUCCUACAUUGUCUGGGUCACUUAUAUUGGGUGUGAAUGAAAUUGCUUUCCUAGAUAAUACUGGUGUUUUGCAAUCCAUAUUAACACUAAAUUCAUAUAGCGACAAAGUUUUACCUAAAGUGAGAGUCAUUGAUAAAUCUUCUCAUGAAGUCUUCUUCAAUACUGGUAGUAAGUUUGCAUUAAUACCAAGCAAUGAAAAUGAAAGAUCCGUCGAGAAUAUCCUAUUAUUCGAUGAAAAUGGCUGUAUCUUCAAUGUCGACCUAAAAUCGGAAGGCCGACUGUUAACACAAUUUAAUAUCACUAAACUACCUUUAGGUGAAGAUGUUUUAAGCCAAAAAAGUAACCCUUCAAGUGUUUCAAUUAUCUGGGCUGAUGGGCGACUAGAUACCUAUACUAUAUUUAUUGGUUUUCAAUCUGGUGAUGCCACCAUGUUAAAGUUAAACCAUCUACAUUCUGCCAUUGAGGUAGAAGAGCCAACAUUUAUGAAAGAUUACGUUAAUAAGCAAGCGUCUGCUGCAUACAAUAAUGAAGAUGACGAUGAUGACGAUGAUGAUUUCAAUUUGUAUUCUGAUGAAGAAAACGAUCAAGUAAACAAUAAGAAUGACAGAACAUUUGGUACUAACGAGUCAAACGAACCAUUUACCGCCCAAGAAUUGAUGGAAUUGAGAAAUAUUGGUCCAAUUAACUCCAUGUGUGUUGGAAAGGUAUCUUCAAUCGAAGAUAAUGUCAAAGGGCUUCCUAAUCCUAAUAAACAGGAGAUAUCAAUUGUUUGUACAUCAGGGUAUGGUGAUGGCUCCCAUCUAAAUGCAAUUUUAGCCUCUGUCCAACCAAGAGUUGAAAAAGCGUUAAAAUUCAUUAGCAUCACUAAAAUCUGGAAUCUUCACAUCAAAGGCAAGGAUAAAUUUUUAAUUACAACCGAUUCAACCCAAUCGCAGAGUAAUAUUUAUGAGAUUGAUAAUAAUUUUAGUCAACAUAAACAAGGUAGACUAAGAAGAGAUGCUACCACAAUCCAUAUUGCAACAAUUGGCGAUAAUAAGAGAAUUGUGCAAGUGACUACCAAUCAUCUUUAUUUAUACGAUUUAACUUUCAGGAGGUUUUCAACAAUAAAAUUUGAUUACGAAGUUGUCCAUGUUUCUGUAAUGGAUCCUUAUGUUCUGAUCACACUCUCCAGAGGUGAUAUUAAGGUCUUUGAACUGGAAAAUAGAAAUAAGAAGAAGUUUGUCAAGGUUCCUCUUCCAGAGAUUCUCACUGAGAUGGUUAUAACAUCUGGUUUAAUCUUAAAAAGUAAUAUGUGUAACGAAUUUCUAUCUGGUAUUGGAAAAUCGACUAUUGAACAAUUGCUAUUCACAUUUGUAACAGCAGAUAAUCAAAUUAUCUUUUUCACCAAAGAUCACAAUGAUAGGAUAUUUCAGCUUAAUGGUAUCGACCAAUUACAAGACUCGUUGUAUAUAAGCACAUAUCAGCUUCCCGACGAGAUUAUUCCGGACCCUUCCAUAAAACAAAUAAUGAUCAACAAACUGGGAAAUAAUUCCAAGGACGAGUAUCUUACAAUACUAACUUUUGGGGGUGAAAUCUAUCAAUACAAAAAAUCUCGAAGUAGACACAGCCGGUUUUACAGAAAUGUUGGUAGAAACGAUCAUCCAAUAACUGGUGCACCUGAUAAUGCAUAUCCCAAAGGUGUUAGUGGUAUUGAAAGAAUUAUGCAUUACAUCCCUAAUUUUGACGGGUAUUCUGUAAUUUUUGUCACCGGUAAUACACCAUAUAUAAUAAUGAAAGAGGAUGAUUCUCUUCCCAGAAUAUUCCCAUUUGGCAACAUUCCCAUUGUCUCAAUGAGCAGAUGGGGUGAAGGCUCGGUAAUCUGCAUUGAUGAUAUCAAGAAUGCAAGAAUAUACUCACUUAACCAAGAUAAUAUCUACUACGGAAAUAAACUUCCAAUAAGAAAGAUCAAGAUUGGGUCAAUGCUUCAAAAUUAUAAAACUUUGAAUAGCAUCGUUUAUCAUGAAAGGACUCAAUUGUACCUUGUUUCUUACACAAAGGAAAUAAGCUAUGAAGCCAAAGCUGAAGAUGGUAGUCUAUUAAUUGGAUACAAACCAGAACUACCAAACGCAAAAGCAUUUAAAAGUGGUGUAUUACUGAUCAAUCCAAAAAGCUGGGAAGUGAUUGAUGAACUAGAUUUGCCGGACAAUUCAUUAGUGAACGAUAUGAAAUCGUCUUUCAUUCAGAUUGAUACUAGAACGAAAAGAAAAAGAGAGUACAUCAUCGUAGGCAUUGGAUAUGCUACUAUGGAGGAUGUCCCUCCAACAGGCGAGUUCCACAUCUAUGAUAUAACCGAGGUUGUUCCUGAACCAGGCAAACCAAACACCAAUUUCAAACUGAAAGAAAUCUUUAAAGAAGAUAUCAGAGGUAUAGUCAGUGUUGUUAACGGUAUCAGUGGUCGUUUCUUGAUAAGUCAGAGUCAAAAGAUAAUGGUUCGUGAUGUUCAACAAGAUAAUUCCGUUAUACCAGUGGCAUUCCUUGAUGUACCUGUUUUUGUUACCUCAUUGAAGACAUUUGGUAACUUAAUUGUCAUAGGUGAUGCUAUGCAAGGUAUCCAGUUUGUUGGAUUUGAUGCUGAGCCAUAUCGAAUGAUAACAUUGGGAUCUAGUAUUACCAAAUUCGAGGUUAUCUCAGUUGAAUUUCUAGUAAACAACGGAGACAUAUACUUUCUUGUCACAGAUAGAGAUAGCAUCAUGCAUGUUCUCAAAUAUGCACCAGACCAACCAAACACCUUAUCAGGUCAAAGGCUUGUCCAUUGCUCAAGUUUUAACCUUCACUCGUUGAACAACUGUACAAUGUUACUACCAAAGAAUGACGAGUUCCCGAGAGACCAAAGAUAUUCAAGAUCGUUCCAAACAAUAACUGCUCAAGUUGAUGGAUCCAUAUCAAAAAUAGUUCCUGUCAAGGAGGAAACAUAUAGACGAUUGUACUUCAUCCAACAACAAAUCAUAGACAAAGAACCUCAACUUGCUGGACUGAACCCACGAAUGGAGAGACAAGACAACAAAUACUAUCACUUGGGCCACUCUUUGAGACCCAUGCUAGACUUCAACAUUAUUAAAAGAUUUAAGGACAUGAGCAUGAAUAGACGUUCUCAUAUCGUACAAAAACUGGGCAAGAAUUCUAACUUAGAAGUUUGGAGAGAUCUCAUUGAUCUAGAGUUCUCACUGAGGUCCCUAAAACCAACAGAUCAAAAUUAG